AUGGCGCCGCGCGCGCACGUGGUGUGCUUCGGCGCGAGCGAUCAGGCGGAGGCGCGGGCGUGGGCGACGCGCGUGUUUCCAGAGGUCGGGGAGACGACGACGACGACGCUGACGAGGACGAAACCGGCGGAGACGAGCGACGGGACGUAUCGCUGGCGAGGCGAUCAUAAGAGCGCGCGGGAGUGCAGGAAAAUGGUUGAAGCGGUGUGCGCGGAGGUUUUGAGGACGUCGACGACGCGGGUGGUGGUGGUGUGCGCGAGAUUGGGAGGGACGGGGACGACGCGGGCGACGCAGACGUUUGCGGCGUUUCGAAGCGCGUUGCCGAAGGGCGUAGACGUCGGCAUCGCGCUCGCGCGCGGUGCCGCGCCGACGAAGGCGUCGUGCUUGAGGGCGAAUCUGUUGUUUAACGCGGUGGUCGCGCGUUGCCCGGCGCGAAGGCUGUAUCCGAGUCGACGCGCGCGGUCUGGGGAGGAAGACGAAGACGAAGAGGAGCGCGCGAGCAGAACGUGGCAUCGAGAGCACGCGCGCGCGAUCGCCAUCAUCGCCGAUCGCGUCGAAGACGACGGUGACGUACUCAUCGCGCGUGCUCGCGAACGAUUGGUGAUCGAUGGCGAUCCUAUACAGCGCUUGACGCUGUCCAUGGCGGAGCAACUCGCGGAUGUCAGCGACGCCGUUCGCGCCUUCGUUGAAACGCGCGGGUUCAACGUGACGCUGCGCGAAGGCGUGACCGCGCGAUUGAAGGCGUCCACGCCCGAACGCUGGUGUUCCGGGGGGUACUCGGCGCAUCACUACGUCGCCGCGCCGCCGCAGCCGCACGGCGUGUAUUACGAGCUCGAAUUGACGGAUUCCGGCGUCGCCGUCGGCUACGUCGCGAUGAGCGCUUUGCAGAGCGACGAAACCGCGACGGUGGCGUAUCCGUUUUCUUCUCCAGAUACUGUGUUCACCACUGCACAAGUGGAUCGACUCUGCGUGCUUCCCGAAUUCCGCGGCGCCGGCGUCAAGGAGGCAUUGCUCCGCCACGUCUGCGACGGUUAUCACGAAUUCGGAUUACCCGUCCGAAUCAAGACGGCGAAAGAAUCCGUCGUUGCGAGUUUUGAAAAGUGCUGCCUCUUGGCGUUUGAGCGUGUCAAAGACCCGACUGCAAAGGGGGUGGAGAAACGACGUGGGCUGAAGAAGGUUGUCGUGUUACCAAAGACGGACGAGGACCGAUGGACCGUCGACGGCGACGAUUCGCGCGAUUACGACUCUGAUUGGCGAAAGUUGCAGGCGACGACGACGACGACGGUGAGCAAUCCGGUCGCCGCGUUCAACGCCGCGCUGAAUCGUUCGACGCCGGACACCGCGCCACGUGCCACGCGUCAAAUGUUGACCGCGAUUGAAGGCGUCUCCGUCUUUGACGCUUACGCGGAGCGAAUCGUGACGACAGCCGUGUGUCAAAAAAGUUACGCGGCGAUGUACGCCACUUUGAGCGACGCCAUGCCAUUUCGGGACGACAUUUGUCGUCGCGUUAUCGCUUUGCUCGACUCGAGCGACGACGAAACCAUCGCCGGAGCCGCCGAAUUCCUCACCGAACUUUGGCGCGUCGGCGCGGCGACGGAGGAAGAAUUUCUGUCUGGAAUAUUCCGCGAGGGAUCGCUCGACGAAUUUGUGCGCGUCGAAAUCGCGUUCAACGCAUUGUUACGAUUCGGUGAUGUGUUACGAGACGCGGAACCCGCGAGGGCGUACGUCGCCGCGUGCGCGCCCGAUGGUCGACGUAAUUUAAGUGCGCGCGGCGCGGCGGCGCGUUUGAUUUUUCUCGCGGAAGAAGUCCAUGCGUUCGUAGAGAGCGGGUACUCGGUUGCGAACCGGCGUCACUUUGGCGCGCGACCCGCUACCUCGAGAGCCGACGCGCAUGAUUCCGCGCGGGAGGAGUUGAAAUCUUUGAGGAUCGUGUACGACGACGGCGGCGCGGAGACGGCGGCGAUUUUGCGUGGCGAGCGCAAGGGCUGGGUGUUUUGGUACGUCGGUUCGCCCGUGCGUUCGCACGCGCUCGACGGCCCGCGUGCGUUUCGUUUCGUCGCCGAAGAUCCGCGUCGAUUCGUCCCGGUGUAA